AUGGCCUCCGUCGACCCCUUCGACUCGGCUCUCGACCUCCUCCGCCGCCUGAACCCGAAACACACGACCGACCACCUGAAUGCAAUCAUUUCCCUCGCACCGGAUCUGACGGAGGACCUUCUCUCGUCCGUCGAUCAACCCUUGACCGUUAAGCGCUGCAAGCAGACGGGCCGCGACUACCUCCUCUGCGACUACAACCGCGACGGCGACAGCUACCGCUCCCCAUGGAGCAACCAGUUCGACCCGCCUCUGGACGAGGGCGGCGUUGGCGGCGUCGGUGCCGGCGGUAGCGAGGGCGCCGGCGAAGGCGCGAUCCCGAGCGAGAGGGUCCGCAAGAUGGAGGUCAAGGCCAAUGAGGCGUUUGACGUGUACCGAGAUCUGUACUACGAGGGUGGUGUGAGCAGCGUAUACUUUUGGAACCUGGACGAUGGAUUCGCCGGCGUGGUUCUCUUGAAGAAAUCCGCGACCCCCGGCGGAAGCGCAGAGGGCGUAUGGGACUCGAUCCACGUCUUCGAGGCCAUUGAGCGCGGCCGCACGACGCAGUACAAGCUCACCUCGACCGUCAUCCUCUCGCUCUCCACCUCGACGAACGCCCUGGGCGACAUGGACCUCAGCGGCAACAUGACGCGGCAGGUCGAGCAGGAGCUCCCCGUCGACGGCGACGAGAGCCACAUUGCCAACGUGGGACGGCUCGUCGAGGACAUGGAGCUCAAGAUGCGUAACCUGCUGCAGGAGGUCUACUUUGGCAAGGCCAAGGACGUCGUCGGCGACCUGCGGAGCGUGGGCAGCCUUAGCGAGGCUGGUAGGGACCGCGCGGCGCAAAGGGAGAUUAUCGGGAGCAUGCAGAAGUGA